CUCCCACAUUCCUCCUUCAUCUGCUUCCGUUCCCACCACUCCUCCUCUCACUGUCUUUUUAAGGACAGUCCAGCAGGAGGAUUUUUCACAACUUUAAGCAGCCAUGCAGCUCUCCUGGCUUCUGCUCUUUGCCUCAGUGUGUACGGUGCACGGGGCUACGGUGCCCCGUGCCUUGUGGCAGUUUGCUAAGAUGAUCCAGUGUUUCCAGCCCAGCGUGAACCCCUUCAUCUACAACAACUACGGUUGCUACUGCGGACUAGGGGGGGCUGGCACCCCUGUAGACCGACUGGACCGGUGCUGUGAAGUGCAUGACAACUGCUACUCGAAUGCUACGAAACUCCCGGAAUGCCCCACCAUAGUGGACCUGCCGUAUGUGAAGGUCUAUGACUACACCUGUUCCAACAAUCAGGUCACCUGCUCAGGCUCCAAUGAUAAAUGCCAGGCUGCUGUGUGUGAAUGUGACCGGGUUGCUGCAGACUGCUUUGCUGAGUAUAACCACACUUACAACUCUGACCACAAGAACCUGGACCAAAGCCUGUGCAAGAAAUGACAGACUGACCUCAGAUCUGAGGAUGGAAAACUGUAAUUGACGUGAUGAUUUCAGACAAAAUGUACAUGAAGGGAAAAUAAUAACAGGGUGACAGAAA